CUCACAGUAAAGAUGGCGCACAGCGGUCGGUGGCGCUUCCCUGCCCGGCCCGGCAGCGGCGGCUGGGGCCGCCGGGGGCUGGGGGGGUCCCGGCUGCGGGUGCCGGCCGUGCGGAGCCUGCGAGCCGCCGAACCGGCAGCGGCGACGCCGCCGGCGGCGGGCGAGGGGGAGCGCGGCGGCCCGUGCUCCGGCGGGGCGGCGGGAAGCGGGGGAGGCGGGGCAGCGCCGGGCUCCGGCGGCUCCGGGGGCCCCGCGGCCGGGGUGGGACCCGGCUUCGACGCGGCGCUCCAGGUCUCGGCCGCCAUCGGCAUCAACCUGCGGCGGUUCCGCGCGGCCUGCGGCGCUGAGGCGGGCAGCGGAGAGGAUGAACAGUUUUUAGGUUUUGGUUCAGAUGAAGAAGUCAAAGUACGAAGUCCCACCAGGUCCCCCACAGUUAAGUCUAGUCCACGGAAGCCUCGUGGGAGGCCCCGGAGCAGUUCUGACCGAAGUUCAGCUGUGCUGUCAGACUCUUCAUCGGUGUGUUCCCCUUCGAGCAAGUCUGAAACCACAUCCAUGGAGAAAGUAAAGAAGAAGGAGUUGAAGAGCGGGGAAAAAAGACGAGGAAGACCUCCAACGCUUACGAGCGUGAAGUUCAAAUUGUCACAAGGAAAGGACCCAUCGGACGUGCAGAAGGGCAGUAAAGAAGAAAAAGAUAGCCUGAAAAAAAUCAAAAGGUCACCAUCCACUACAUUUCAGCAAGCAACUAAGAUCAAGAAAUUACGAACUAGUAAGCUCUCGCCACUGAAAUCUAAAUUCAAGCCUGGGGCGAAACUUCAGAUUGGGAGGAAGAGCGUUCAGAUUGUGCGCAGGAGAGGUAGGCCGCCGUCCUCUGAACGUUUAAAGACUUCCUCGACCUUAGUCAUAAACUCGCAGCUGGAGAAACCCCAAAGGAUUCGCAAAGAAAAGGAUGGCACGCCACCGCUUACGAAAGAAGAAAAGACUGCUGUCAGACAGAGUCCGCGCAGGAUUAAGCCCGUUAGGAUUAUACCUUCCACCAAAAGGACAGAUGCUGCCAUCGCCAAGCAACUCUUGCAGAGGGCUAAAAAGGGGGCGCAAAAAAAGAUUGAGAAAGAAGCAGCCAAACUGCAGGGCAGGAAGGGGAGAACCCAGCUCAAAAAUAUCCGACAGUUCAUCAUGCCGGUUGUGAGCGCUAUCUCUUCGCGGAUUAUUAAAACGCCCAAACGGUUCAUUGAGGAUGAAGACUACGAUCCUCCGAUCAAAAUAUCCAGACUAGAAUCCACACCAAACAGCAGGUUCAGCGCUACGUCCUGUGGCUCCAGUGAAAAGUCCAGCGCCGCUUCUCAGCAUUCGUCUCAGAUGUCUUCGGACUCCUCGCGGUCCAGCAGCCCCAGCGUGGAUACGUCUACGGACUCCCAGGCUUCCGAGGAGAUGCAGACGCUUUCUGAGGAGCGAAGCAAUACUCCAGAAGUUCAUGCGCCGCUGCCGGUUUCUCAGUCCCCUGAAAAUGAUAACAGCGACAGGAGAAACAGAAGAUUUUCGAUAACAGAAAGAAGUUUUGGCCAAAGGACUGCUAAAAAGCUGUCAGCCUUACCAAGCGUGCCGCAGCAGCAGUCCUCCUCCUCUCCCCCUCCCCCUUUGCUCACUCCCCCGCCACCGCUGCAGCCUGCCUCCAGCAUCUCGGACCAUACCCCUUGGCUUAUGCCUCCUACCAUACCGUUAGCCUCGCCCUUUCUUCCUGCUUCCGCGGCACCGAUGCAAGAGAAACGGAAGUCUAUUCUGCGAGAGCCGACGUUCAGGUGGACCUCCCUGAAGCAUUCCAGGUCAGAACCACAGUACUUCUCAUCAGCAAAAUAUGCCAAAGAGGGUCUGAUUCGCAAACCGAUAUUCGACAACUUCAGGCCCCCACCGCUGACACCGGAGGACGUUGGCUUUACGCCCGGCUUCUCGACGCCAGGUGCCACAGCCCCGGCCCGUCUAUUUUCUCUUCACUCUGGAACAAGGUUUGAUAUGCACAAGAGAAGUCCUCUGCUGAGAGCGCCCAGAUUCACGCCGAGCGAGGCCCACUCCAGGAUCUUUGAAUCUGUAAUUCUGCCCUCGUCGGUUGGUCGCGCCGCUACGGGGACCUCUGCGACGGGCGUCUCUUCUCGGAAGCGUAAGAGGAGAGUGUUUAGCCCCAUCCGUUCGGAACCCAGAUCUCCUUCGCACUCCAUGAGGACGAGAAGCGGGAGGCUUAGUACCUCGGACCUGACAACUCUCACCCCACAGUCUUCUGUCUCUUCCUCAUUAACUAGCAUUUCUGUUAGUUCUCUUGCCACUAGUGCCUUAAAUUCAACUUUUACUUUUCCUUCCCAUUCCCUGCCGCAGUCUGGGGAACCGGCAGAAAGAAGCCAGAGACCGAGGAAGCAGACUAGCACUCCGGCAGAGCCUUUCUCAUCCAGUAGCCCUACUCCUCUCUUCCCCUGGUUCACAUCGAGUCCCCAGACAGAGAGAGGCAGAAACAAGGACAGGGCAGCGGAGGAGCUCUCCAAAGAUAAAGACGCUGACAAAAGCCUGGAGAAGGACAAGAGCAGAGAGAAAGACAGAGAGAGAGAAAAGGAGAACAAACGGGAGUCGAGGAAAGAGAAAAGGAGAAAAGGGUCAGAAAUUCAGAGUAGCUCUGCUUUGUUUCCCGUAGGUAAAAUGCCCAAAGAAAAAGUUGUCAGCGAAGACGUUGCAGCCUCGUCGUCUGCCAAAAAGACUGCCGGGCGGAAGAAGUCUACGGCAGUAGAUCCCGCGGCAGAUGUUUCUGCUGCUGCUCUGGCAGACACGGCAGCCGUCAAAACCAAAACGUCCAAGAAGGGUAGAGGGGGGUUAGACAAAUCGGAUCUGGACCUCAGCCCCGCCGUGCCGUCUUCGGAGAAGGAAAAAGCCCUGCGUCUUUCUGCUCCUUCUUCAAGCGCUGUUAAGCAUUCCGCUUCCUCUAUCAGCUCUAUGUUGGCUCAAGCAGACAAACUGCCAAUGACUGACAAGAGGGUGGCCAGUCUUCUGAAGAAGGCGAAAGCCCAGCUGUACAAGAUUGAGAAGAGCAAGUCCCUCAAACAAGCAGAUCAGCCAAAAGCACAGGGACAGGAGAGCGAUUCGUCAGAAACGUCGGUCCGAGGACCACGAAUAAAACAUGUUUGCAGGAGAGCAGCUGUUGCGCUGGGCCGCAAGCGAGCAGUGUUUCCUGACGACAUGCCCACUCUGAGUGCCUUACCGUGGGAAGAACGGGAGAAGAUACUGUCUUCCAUGGGGAAUGAUGAUAAGUCAUCGAUAGCUGGCUCAGAAGAGGCUGAACCUCUCGCUCCUCCUAUCAAGCCAAUUAAGCCGGUUACCAGAAACAAGGCACAGCAAGAACCUCCGGUGAAGAAGGGCCGACGCUCAAGGCGCUGUGGGCAGUGUUCGGGCUGUCAGGUCCCAGAGGACUGUGGUGUCUGUACCAACUGUCUAGACAAACCCAAGUUUGGUGGGCGCAACAUAAAGAAGCAGUGCUGCAAAAUGAGGAAAUGUCAGAAUCUACAGUGGAUGCCUUCAAAAGCAUAUCUCCAGAAGCAAGCUAAAGCUGCAAAAAAGAAAGAGAAGAAAUCGAAGACAAACGAAAAGAAAGAGAGCCAUUCUGGGAAGAACCAGUUGGACUCUGGACAGAAACAAACGCCUCAGACUGUCGUACCGAGGGAAGACGGUGCCGUCAAGAAGAGCAGCGAACCUGCCCGUAAGCCCGUUGAGGAGAAGCACGAGGAUGGGAAUUCCUCCGUUCCAGUGUCGGAGUCCAAACAGGUGCCUGCAUCUGGUACCAGAAAGACUGGCAAGCAGGCGACCCAGCCAGUGCAGCUUCCUCCUUCGCAGCCACCGAGCUCAGGACCUUUGAAAAAAGAAGCACCUAAACUUACCGCUUCUGAGCCUAAGAAAAAGCAGACUCCCCAGCCAGAAAUAGGCACAGAACAAAGCAAACAGAAAAAAAUUGCUCCCCGUCCAACUUUCCCUGUGAAACAGAAACCAAAAGAAAAGGAAAAGCCCCCUCCUAUAAGCAAGCCAGAAAGCAGCACGCUGAAUUUGCUCAGCACUCUGACUAACGGAAGCAGUUCCAAGCAAAAGCCACCCACAGAUGGAGUCCACAGAAUCCGAGUGGAUUUCAAGGAGGACUGUGAAGUGGAGAAUGUUUGGGAGAUGGGUGGGUUAGGCAUCGUCACCUCGGUACCUAUUACUCCCAGGGUGGUCUGUUUUCUCUGUGCCAGCAGUGGACAUGUGGAGUUUGUGUAUUGUCAGGUCUGUUGUGAGCCUUUCCACAAGUUCUGCUUAGAGGAGAGCGAGCGGCCCCUGGAGGACCAGCUGGAAAACUGGUGCUGCCGUCGCUGCAAGUUCUGCCACGUGUGUGGGAGACAGCACCAGGCCACCAAGCAGUUGCUGGAGUGUAACAAGUGCCGAAACAGCUAUCACCCCGAGUGCCUGGGCCCAAACUACCCGACAAAACCCACCAAGAAAAAGAAAGUUUGGAUAUGUACCAAAUGUGUUCGCUGCAAGAGCUGUGGAUCCACGACACCAGGCAAAGGGUGGGAUGCGCAGUGGUCUCAUGACUUCUCACUGUGUCAUGAUUGUGCCAAACUCUUUGCUAAAGGAAAUUUUUGUCCCCUCUGUGACAAAUGCUAUGAUGAUGACGACUAUGAGAGCAAGAUGAUGCAGUGCGGGAAAUGCGACCGCUGGGUCCACUCCAAAUGUGAAAACCUUUCUGACGAAAUGUACGAGAUACUCUCCAACUUGCCUGAGAGUGUGGCGUACACCUGCAUUAACUGCACGGAGCAGCAUCCUGCGGAGUGGCGUCUGGCACUGGAGAAGGAGCUGCAGGUUUCCUUGAAGCAGGUUUUAACGGCCCUGUUGAAUUCUAGAACUACUAGCCACUUGCUGCGGUAUCGACAGGCAGCAAAACCUCCCGAUUUAAAUCCCGAGACGGAGGAGAGUAUCCCAUCCAGAAGCUCUCCUGAAGGUCCCGAUCCUCCAGUCCUAACAGAGGUCAGCAAACAGGAGGAGCAGCAACCCCUGGACCUGGAAGGGGUGAAGAGGAAAAUGGAUCAAGGAUGUUACACUUCUGUGCUGGACUUUAGUGACGAUAUCGUGAAGAUAAUUCAAGCAGCCAUUAAUUCCGAUGGAGGGCAGCCGGAAGUUAAGAAAGCCAAUAGCAUGGUCAAGUCCUUCUUUAUUCGGCAAAUGGAGCGUGUUUUUCCAUGGUUCAGUGUAAAAAAGUCCAGAUUUUGGGAGCCAAAUAAAGUAACAAGCAACAGUGGUAUGUUGCCGAAUGCAGUGCUGCCCCCUUCGCUUGACCAUAAUUAUGCUCAGUGGCAGGAGCGUGAAGAGAACAACCGCACUGAACAGCCCCCUCUGAUGAAGAAAAUCAUUCCAGCUCCAAAACCCAAAGGGCCUGGAGAGCCAGACUCACCGACUCCUCUACAUCCUCCUACACCACCUAUCUCUGGCUCUGACAGAAGCAGAGAGGAUAGUCCUGAACUUAACCCACCUCCGGAUGUAGAAGACAACAGGCAGUGCGCAUUGUGCCUGAAAUACGGUGACGACAGCGCUAACGAUGCAGGACGCCUUCUCUAUAUUGGCCAGAAUGAAUGGACACACGUGAACUGUGCUUUAUGGUCAGCAGAAGUGUUUGAGGAUGAUGAUGGUUCUCUGAAAAACGUGCACAUGGCUGUGAUCAGGGGAAAGCAGCUGAGAUGCGAGUUCUGCCAGAAGUCCGGUGCCACAGUAGGCUGCUGCCUCACUUCCUGUACCAGUAACUAUCAUUUCAUGUGCUCGCGAGCCAAGAACUGUGUCUUCCUGGACGAUAAGAAAGUUUACUGCCAGAGGCAUCGUGACUUGAUCAAAGGAGAGGUGGUUCCUGAGAAUGGGUUUGAAGUUCUGAGGAGAGUUUUUGUGGACUUUGAAGGGAUCAGUUUGAGAAGAAAAUUUCUUAGUGGCUUGGAACCAGAGAACAUCCACAUGAUGAUUGGUUCAAUGACGAUAGACUGCUUAGGAAUUCUCAACGACCUCUCAGACUGUGAAGAUAAGUUGUUUCCCAUCGGCUAUCAGUGCUCCAGGGUGUACUGGAGCACCACAGAUGCCAGGAAGCGCUGCGUGUAUACCUGCAAGAUCAUGGAGUGCCGACCCCCGGUCAUAGAACCUGACAUCAACAGCACUGUAGAGCAUGACGAUAACAGAACAAUUGCCCAUAGCCCGCUUCCCCUUACAGAAACUCUACCUAAAGACAGCCGAAACACACCUGAAAUUGUAAGCCCACCAUCACCAGAUCGUCCCUUGCAUUCUCAGACCUCUAGUUCCUGCUACUAUCCGGUGGUCUCAAAGGGCCCCAGGCUCCGGACGCCAAGUUAUCCAUCCGCACAGAGGUCUCCCGGCUCUAGGCCGUUACCCUCUGCAGGAAGUCCUACCCCAGUGACUCAUGAAAUAGUGACAGUAGGAGAUCCUUUACUGUCCUCUGGACUUAAGAGCAUUGGUUCUCGGAGACAUAGCACCUCCUCUUUGUCACAGCAGCAAUCAAAACUCCGGAUGAUUUCCCCUACGCGAGCUGGGAACGCUUAUUCCAGGCACAGCGUGUCAUCAGUUUCCGGCACGGGGCCCUCUUCAGAACACGAACUGAGCAUCAGAAGUACUGACCGCUUUGUGGUACCGGCGAGUGCCGCUGCUCCAAGCGCUCCAGUUCAAAGUUGCGCUACCAGUUCAGGCUCCCAGAAAACAGCGGCUCCAAGCGGGAGUAAAACUUACCAGCUGGAUGCACCUCAGUCAACGGAAGGAAAACAUUCUAGCAGUUCAGAUUUGAUAGCCAAAGCUGCGCCUUCUAAGGGGGAGAAGAUGAAAACACUGACCUCAAAGGACCCAGAUUAUCCAGCUCACAGUUUUGCUUCUGGAGGAAACUCCAAAACGUCCUCUCAACCGACCAGUUCAUCGGGCACAGAAACGAACGUUAAAAUAGGAACCUUUCAGGACUGCUCAGGAUCAUUUCCUUCCAAAGAAGGCAUAUCCUUUCCACCUUUGCAUCAGAGAGGCCCAAGGAAAGAGAGAGAUCAGCACGUGGAACCUGUACAGCCAGAGAAAACGGCUGCAGUUGACGAGAUGGACGCAAAGAACUUGAAGUCGGCUGGAGUAAAUAGCAGAUCUCCUGCAGCCGGUGAGCAGGUACUUUCUGCCCCUAGAGACCGGCGCCAGAAGGGGAAAAAGUUAAUGAAAGACAGUUUCAAAGAGAAGCAUUCCCUGAAACCCCUUACAGAUUCAAGUCAAGCGGUAGGCAGCGAUGAAGGAAACCUGAAACCCGAAUUUGGUAGCCAGGGUUUGGCAACUGAACAAAUGAGCCAGAGAUUAUGUAAUAACAUUCCUGCUGAAAAGGCUGGCGAGAAGUCUCCGCCUUCCCAAGGGCCGUCUAAAGGUUCUGCAGCGCAGAUCGAAGCGGCCUCUAAAGAAUCGCAGGCACCGAGAAAGCGCACCGUUAAAGUCACUCUGACUCCGCUCAAGAUGGAAAGCGAAAGCCAGUCUAAAAACGCGCAGCCGGAAAGUGAUGCUGAGCCUCAGUCUGCAGGCGCAGAACUGUCCGCCUUGGCAGAGCCCUCCUCAACUUCGGAAAGCCCGGGCGAUAACCCUGCAGUUCAGGGAAGUCCAAACGAAGCGCCAGCACAGGAAUCUCAGAAUAACGCGUUCGAAAACUUGCCCGUUCAAGACAACAACUUGAUGCUCCAGGAUGGAACGAAAGCUCCGGAAGAAGGCUCGUACAAGCGGAGGUACCCACGGCGAAGUGCUCGGGCCAGGUCCAACAUGUUCUUUGGACUGACUCCUCUGUACGGCGUGAGGUCUUACGGAGAGGAAGACAUUCCCUUCUACAGUAACUCAACUGGGAAGAAGCGAGGGAAGCGGUCUGCAGAAGGACAGGUGGAUGGCGCGGAUGACUUGAGCACGUCAGAUGAAGACGACUUGUACUACUACAAUUUCACUAGAACGGUGGUUUCCUCGAACACGGAGGAGAGGCUUGCAUCCCAUAACUUAUUCAGGGAGGAGGAGCAGUGCGAUCUUCCAAAAAUCUCACAGCUAGACGGGGUGGAUGACGGAACCGAAAGCGAUACAAGCGUCACGGCAACAACGAGAAAGGUCGGCCAAGUAACUAAAAGGAGCAGUAAAGAAAACGGAACGGAGAACUUAAAGCUAGACAGGACUGAAGAAGCCGGAGAGAAAGUACAAGUCACCAAGAGCUCCGCUGUCCACAAAACCGACCCAAAGAUUGAUAACUGCCAUCCUGUGAGCAGGGUGAAAGCGCAAGGUCAGGACUCGCUGGAAGCUCAGCUGAGCUCGUUGGAAACGGGCCGCAGGGCUCACGCAAGCACCCCUUCUGACAAGAACUUACUGGACACUUUCAACACAGAACUUCUGAAAUCCGACUCUGACAACAACAACAGCGACGACUGUGGGAACAUCCUCCCUUCCGACAUCAUGGACUUUGUACUAAAGAACACGCCGUCCAUGCAGGCGUUGGGAGAAAGUCCGGAGUCCUCAUCGUCCGAACUUCUAACGCUCGGAGAAGGCCUAGGUCUCGACAGCAACCGUGGCAAGGAUAUGGGUUUGUUUGAGGUGUUCUCCCAGCAGCUGCCGACCGCCGAGCCGGUGGACAGCAGCGUCUCUUCCUCCAUAUCAGCGGAGGAACAGUUUGAACUGCCGCUGGAGCUUCCUUCCGAUCUCUCUGUUCUGACCACGCGCAGCCCUACGGUGCCCAGCCAAAACCACAACAGGCUCGCCGUCAUCUCGGAGUCUUCGCUCUCCAACUCGGGCGAGAGGUCGAUGCUCGCCUUGCCUGCCACGGAGUCUGGGGAGAAGAGAGUGACAGUCACAGAGAAAUCUGCCUCGGGGGAAGGUGACGCAGCUCUCCUGAGUCCAGGAGUAGACCCGAGCCCCGAAGGGCACAUGACUCCCGAUCACUUCAUCCAGGGUCACAUAGAUGCCGAGCAUAUAGCCAGCCCGCCCUGCGGCCCCGUCGAGCAAGGGCACGGCAGCAACCAGGAUUUAACGAGAAACAGCGGGACACCGGGUAUCCAGGUGCCGGUAUCGCCCACCGUCCCCCUCCAGAGCCAGAAGUACGUGCCAAACUCCACGGACAGCCCCGGCCCCUCGCAGAUCUCCAACGCUGCAGUGCAGACAACGCCACCCCACCUCAAGCCAGCCGCAGAAAAACUUCUGGUAGUCAACCAAAACAUGCAGCCGCUGUACGUCCUCCAAACCCUUCCCAACGGCGUUACGCAAAAGAUACAGUUAACGCCUUCUGUCAGCUCUGCGCAGAGCGUGAUGGAGACCAACGCUUCGGUGCUGGGGCCCAUGGGGAGCGGGCUCACGCUGACCACGGGACUAAAUCCAAGCUUGCCGUCGUCUCAGUCGUUGUUCCCUCCCGCGAGCAAGGGGCUGCUGCCCAUGUCCCAUCACCAGCAUAUACAUCCCUUCUCCACGGCCACUCAGACUGGCUUCCCGCCCAACAUCAGCAGUCCUUCGCCAGGCCUUCUGAUCGGCGUGCAGCCACCCCCUGAUCCUCAGCUCUUAGUGUCUGAAGCUAGUCAGAGGACAGACCUCGGUACCGCCGCCUCUACGCCAGCUGCCGCCCUGGGCAAGAAACGGCCCAUCUCUCGUCUGCAGUCGCGGAAGAAUAAGAAGCUGGCUCCCUCUGGAACCCCUUCUGCUAUAGCUCCUCCGGAUAUGGUCUCCAACAUGACCUUAAUUAAUUUUGCUCCUUCCCAGAUUUCCAACCACCCGCUGGAUUUGGGAACCAUUGCGAAUUCAACAUCCCAUAGAACUGUCCCCAAUAUUAUCAAAAGGUCCAAGUCUGGGGUCAUGUAUUUUGAGCAAACAUCUUUGCUCCCGCAAGGUGGGACCACGACCGCGGUCGGCACGUCUCCGAGUGUCAUCGGGCCGGAUGCCGGUCACCUUCCAGCGGGGCCUGUAUCAGGCCUAGCAUCGAGUUCCUCGGUGCUGAAUGUCGUAUCCAUGCAGGCCACGGCGGCCCCCGCUACUGGUGGGUCGGUCCCUGGUCACGUUUUGGGACAAAGUUCGGUAACGUUAACUAGCCCCGGGUUAUUAGGGGACCUCGGUUCGAUAAGCAACCUCCUGAUCAAAGCUAGUCAGCAAAGCCUUGGUCUUCAGGAGCAGCACGUGACUUUACCGCCGAGUCCCGGGAUGUUUUCGCAACUGGGAGCAUCCCAAACUCCGUCUACGGCAGCGAUGACAGCUGCGUCGAGCAUCUGCGUUCUGCCUUCGGCACAGACGAUGGGCAUGACGGUCGCUCCGUCGUCUGCUGACCCAGAAGGCUCUUACCAGCUUCAGCAUAUGACGCAACUCUUGCCCAGCAAAACGGGCGUUGCUUCCUCCCAGCUGGACCUUGGCACAGCUUCGGCAACGACGCAGUUGUCGAGCUUUCCGCAACUGGUCGAUGUUCCAAAUAAUACCGGACUCGAACAAAACAAGGCUUCCUCGGCGGUGAUGCACGCCAGUUCAGCCUCUCCUGGAGGCUCCCCGUCCUCCGGUCAGCAGUCUGCGAGCAGCUCCGUGCUGGGUCCCACGAAAACGAAGCCGAAAAUCAAACGCAUUCAGCCAUCGCUAGACAAAGGGAAUGGGAAGAAGCACAAGACUUCUCACGUGUGGACCAGUUCCUCUGAAGCGCACGUUCCCGACAGAGGGGCCGCUGCUGCACCCCAGGUCUCAGCUACAGGGACUCCUGCUAUGAAGGCAGAUACGCAGGAUGCAGCAAGUGCAGACCAGCCAUCGCAGAAACAGUGUGGCCAGUCUGCAGGGCAAACGGCAGGCCUCCCAGAGUCCCAGUCAACACAGAACUCAACAAAUGAGCAAGAAAAUGCAGGCUCAAAAGCUCUCGAGGAAGAAGAGAGCACUUUCAGCUCCCCGCUUAUGUUUUGGCUUCAGCAAGAACAAAAGAGGAAAGAGUGUCUCGGUGAGAAGAAACCAAAGAAAGGUUUGGUUUUUGAGAUCUCUAGCGAUGACGGUUUUCAAAUCUGCGCAGAAAGCAUUGAAGAUGCCUGGAAGUCACUGACUGACAAAGUCCAAGAAGCCCGUUCUAAUGCCCGCCUGAAACAGCUAUCUUUUGCAGGUGUGAAUGGUUUGAGGAUGCUGGGCAUUAUCCACGAUACGGUUGUGUUCCUGAUUGAGCAACUGUACGGAGCAAAGCACUGCCACAACUACAAGUUCAGAUUUCACAAGCCGGAGGAGGCCAAUGAACCUCCCCUGAACCCACACGGCUCUGCUAGGGCUGAAGUCCACCUGAGGAAAUCUGCAUUUGAUAUGUUUAAUUUCUUGGCUUCUAAACACCGACAGCCACCAGAAUACAACCCAAAUGAUGAGGAAGAGGAAGAAGUACAGCUGAAAUCAGCCCGGAGGGCGACUAGUAUGGAUCUGCCAAUGCCCAUGCGCUUCCGACACUUGAAGAAGACCUCCAAGGAGGCAGUCGGUGUCUACAGGUCUCCCAUCCAUGGCCGGGGUCUGUUCUGCAAAAGGAACAUCGAUGCAGGUGAGAUGGUGAUCGAAUAUUCAGGCAAUGUCAUUCGCUCCAUCCUCACUGACAAACGAGAGAAAUACUACGACAGUAAGGGGAUCGGUUGCUACAUGUUCCGCAUUGACGACUCCGAAGUGGUGGAUGCCACCAUGCACGGGAACGCGGCCCGCUUCAUCAACCACUCCUGCGAGCCCAACUGCUACUCCCGGGUCAUCAACAUCGAUGGCCAGAAACACAUCGUCAUCUUCGCCAUGCGCAAAAUCUACCGAGGGGAAGAGCUCACGUACGACUACAAGUUCCCCAUUGAAGACGCCAGCAACAAACUGCCCUGUAACUGCGGCGCCAAGAAGUGCAGGAAGUUUCUAAACUAGAACUUCCGUCAGCUGCGAGCGAGCCCUGAAGGGCCUGGGGCGUACCAAAGCUUCACGCGAAUCCCUCCCCAGCCGUUCGGACGGGACGGGGAGGCGGAGGCAGGAGUGAAGAUCGGCUGGGCUCAGGGACCUGACUGGCGGCUCUGUUUCUCUGUCAGAGUCCACAUCUUCAUGUCUCGCAUGCGCACGCUCACCCUUGUGAAAGACACGAGCGACUGGAGAAGAUCCUCGACGUGAUUAUGUUUUCGCUAUUCGUUCCCCCCCACCCCUGGUAUUUGUUUCUCAGUGUGGGGCUAUUGAGCGGGAGAGGAGAGGGGAGGGGAGGGGAGGUGGGCCCGGCCACGGGGAAGCGAUCGCGGCUCCUGUCCCUCUAUCCCUCUCGUGUCUCGGAGACCUGGAGGUCUCCUCCUCCUCCACCCCCUUUGAGGGCUGUGUCAGAAGUUCAGUAGCACAGUGUUUGAGCGAGCUUUCCUUCUGAGGAGAGGGACUGCGCCCCCGCAACCAGCUGCCCCAAGGACUGCAUGCGUGCGCGUGCGUCUGUCUGUCCGUCUGCGGUUCCUUGUGCGAUGCGGCCGCAAAACACUAUUUGCGAGUCGGCGGGCGCGCUGCGCGGCGCGGGGGGCCCGCUGUGCGGCGCGGGCCUGGCUGGGCCGGUUCCACCUAGGAAGGCCGCACUGGGGAGCGCGGGACGGAGCAGCCCGGAGCUGGGCGGAGGAGGGUUUGGCUAGCGUUUCGCUCCAAAACCCCUGCCCGAGCGCAGGGGCGUUCCUGGCCUUCUUUGGCAGAGAGAGGGCUGUGCCAACGGCUCGGGCACUCUAAGUCUUGGCGAGCGAAGGCUUCCUUGCAGCAGCGCCUUCCCUCGCUGGCUUUGUAGGAGGGAAGCAGGCCUUGCCCCGGCCCUGUCUCCAGCAGCUGGCUGCCUCCUCUGCCCGGCGAGCUGGAGGCGCUUCCAGCCGGCAGGGUCUCUGCCACCGUGGAGCUGGUCCGAGGGACAGGCGUCGCUAGGGAGAGCGGGGGAGUGAGAGGCUGCUGCGGGGUUAGCUGCGUGCCGCUGGAGAGCAGGGGCACGGGAGGGCUUGCGUGGAGGCUCCCAGGGUACCCGCUCCGCUCAGCCUCACCGCAGCGUCCUAGGGCCUGGUGGGGCAGCCGGGGAGCGAUCCGGUAGGCAGGCGCCUGGCGUCGUCCGUCUUCAGGGUGCAGUCACAUCGUCUUCCCCGAAAGGCGCGGGACGAGGCGCCGGAGCGGAGCGCAGGCUCCUUGCAGAGGCAAGGCCGAACACUAACGCGCCUCGCCUGCGCCGCAGCCAGGAACGCGUAGGACGGGAGCGAGCGCUUGGCGCGGUUGCUGUAGCUGAGGAACCGAGCUUGUUGUAGGCGAAGCAAAAGACACUAUCGUCCUGGUUCCAGGAGCGUAAAUCCUCCUCCCGCCCAGGUCUGCUCCCCGCCUCCAAAACAAAAACGCAGAGAAAGAAGUGAAAAGCCCCGAGCCUGACAAAUGGGCGACAUUAGAUUUUACUCUGUUCUGUUUACAGUUUAGUAUUUAAGGUUUUAUAAAUGUAAAUAUAUUUUGUAUAUUUUUCUAUGAGAAGCACUUCAUAGGGGAAAGCACUUAUGACGAGGCUUUUUAAACAGUGGUAUUAUCCUAAUUUAAGAGAAUCUCUUUUUAAUGAUUUUUUUAUUUUCGUAGGACGGUUAUAGGAAAUACCUGGCCGGACACAGUCUGAUCCUUUCUCCGGGGCGGGGUGGGGGGUGUACGCUUGGGUUUGUUUUUUUUUUCCGUUCUUCACUCUUGUUCUGCCUUUUUGACUUCAGUAACUGUUUCCAGGAGGUUUGGCUGGACCUUAAAGUUUAUUUCCCGGUCAGCAUGGGGGCGGGAGGGAGGAUUGCCCAGCCUAGGAGGGGUUUGUCUCUGCCUGAAGGGCCGUCCGUGUCCCCAGGCAGGAGGCCCAAUUCUGCCACGCCCUGCUCCGGCACCCUCUGUGUAUUUAAAAAAGAAAAAUGAGGAAGAAGGAGAGACCCCUGACCCUCAGUACCGCUCUCACGGGGAGGCUGCUCCGGGGCACGCGCCUCCUCCCGCGGUCUCUCGCUCGAAGGCAGAUGCGUUUUUCCGUGGAGAAGGGGAUGCAGGAAGCGCCCUCGCUUUUGCAGGCCGUCCCUGCAGGUGGGUCGCAGCCGUUCCGGGAGCCGGCGGGUUGGAGGGCUGCUCCGAGGCGGCAGCGGCUGGUGGCAAAGGGGUGGGAGCGCCUGACGGCACCCCGAAUCCGCCCCCUUUGAGCCCCGAGACCUCCUCCUCUGAGCUGAGAACGAAACAGGGCUCUCAGAGGGUCGGGAACUGCCGCUUUCCUUUCGUUAUUGCACUGUGUGGCGAUGAUUUGGUGAUAACCAUUGAAAGAAAAGUCAGAUUGACGCUGCAUUUGUUACUGAGAUGAUUUGAUGCACUGACAGUUUGGGAACGCACAUACCUUGAGGAGGCCAAAGAGCCCGUGCCCCGGGGACCCCGGCCCCGCGCACGGCCGCUCUCGGUCCUUUCCCUUCCCCGUUUCUGACGGCAGUGCUGGGGCACGGCCCUCGCCUUGGCGAAGCCCCUGAAUUUACCCGAGCAGCUCAGCUCCCCCCGCGUUUUCUCUUGCGCCCCGGUGAUGGAGGAGCGCCUUCCCCGGCGAGCAGAUCCCUCCCGUCCGCCUGGCUGCGGGAGGAGGCUCCGGCCGCUGGGAAGCGCUGCCCGAAGCCACCCCACGCGGGGAGGAGGGAAAGCGGGGUGUUGGGGGCGCGGCGUGCCGCGGCAGCCCCCCGAGAACCGAGCGCCAGGCGUCUCUCCUCCCGCGAGGGCUGGCGGAGCCCACCGACCCGGCCGGCUGCCCGCUUUGCUGCUAUAGCCGUCGUGGCUGCCUCGGCGGGAGCCGCUGCGGCCGCUGGAACUGUCUGUACCCCCGGGAAGCCGCGCCGCGGCGAGCGGGGCCCUCGGGGACGCGCGGCGGCGGGGCAGGGGGAGGCCGGGGCAGCGAGCGCCUGGGCUCGCUGCCGCCGCCCCUCGACCCCGUCCCGCCCGGGCCGGCGGCGGGCGCAGCGCGGCUCCCCCGUGUAUGAAUGUAUAUUUUAUAAGGACUGACGCCGAUCACAGUAUCUGAAAAUACUAAAAAAAAGAAAAAAAAAAAAAAAAGAAAAAGGAAAAAAAAAAAGGAACCUUAGGGCGUUUCUUUUACUUUGUACAAACCAACGUGGUGGUUUUUUUUAAAGGAAAAGCGGGUCAUUGCAAAGGGCUGGGUAUCUUUUCUUUCGGGUUUCCUUUCAUUUCAAAGCAAUACCAGGUUCUUCGGCGAGACGAUCUUUGUGCAGAAUCAUGCCAUUCACACCCAUACUACUGGUCCACUCUCGACACUCGCAAGGUUUUUUUAUAACUAUAAAUACGAUAUAUAUAGGAACUAAUAUAGUAAUGCACCGUGUAAUGAAGCCUAGUUCAGUAUCGGUCCAUGGCUUUUACUUCUCUUAACACUAUAGGUAAGGAUUGUGUUACAGUUGCUAACGCCGGCCGGGAGGGCCCGGCCGCGCGUCCCCGCCGGGCGCGAGGGCGGCCGGGGCCGGGAGCGGGCGGCGCGGCCUCUCCCGGCCCUUCUUGUUACCAGUCAGUACUUGUACAACUCGGGUUCUUCCUUUCCUUCCUCUCGUUUCGGUUAUGAAUGUUGGGGUACCACCUGCAUACGGGGAAAAACGUGCUCUGUGCUUUCCUGGUCUCUUUUUAACGAGGUACAGUAGCUUUGUCUAUCAACCGAGAACUAUACUUGUGGUGUUUCUUUUAUUGAACUUAACAGUCUCUUUAGUAAAUACAGGUAGGUGAAUAAUUGUUUCAAAAAAAGAAAAAAAAAAAAGCAAAAAAAAAAAAAAGCUCUGCAAAGGCAAGGUUAUGUUCUAGAAGUACAUUUCUUGACAACUUAUCAUGUAUAACAAUUCUCUACAGGUUUUUUUUUUUUCUUGUGUUCUUCCAAGCUUCUGGUUGUUUGUUUUUUCGUUUGUUGGUUUUGUUUUGGUUUGUUGUUUUUUUUUUUUUUAAAAAAAAAAAAAAAAAGAGGAAACGUGUCUAAAGUACAUCAGUGUUAAUUCCCUGUCACAGGGAAGAAGGAAAUACUUUAAUAGUUAAAAAAAAAUGCUGAAAGCUCUGCAAAAGACUGAAUGUAAAAAUAAAAAAGUGUACAUAGUUGUAAAAAAAACAAAAAAAACAAAGGAGUUUUUAAACAUGUUUAUUUUCUAUGCACUUUUUUUUAUUUAAGUGAUAGUUUAAUUAAUAAACAUGUCAAGUUUAUUGCUGCA